GUGGCUGACAGAACAGAUGCUGAGGCAGUCGGUGGAGACUGACAUCGAAGGCCUGCACCAUCUGAAGGGGACCUACCUGCAGCUACAGGACGGCCUGACCAACGACAUCGCUGGGCUGGAGGACGAGAUUGCGUUCCUGAAGAAGAAUCACGAUGAGGAACUGAAAGUGUUGCGGAAGCAGUGUACCCAAGAAGUGAAUGUUGAGGUGGACUCGGCUCCAGCCGUUGACCUGAAUAAAGUCCUGGCAGAAAUGCGGCAGAAGUACACCACCCUCGUUGACAAUAACCAGGCAGAGCUGGAUAAGUGGUACCAAGAACAGGUCUCGAUUAAAGAAGUCCAGAUGACUCAGAACGACCAGGCUCUCACCGGUGUUAAAACUGAGCUGUCUCAGCUGCGAAGUAAUGUGCAGACUCUUGAAGCUGAUUACAAUGGCUUACUUGGAACUGUGGGUGCACUGGAGAACAUGCUGGCUGAAACUGAGGACUCGUACGCCAAGCAGCUUCAGAAUUUGCAGCUCAAAAUUCGGCAGCUAGAGAGUGAGCUGGCAAGUGUCCGAAAUGAAGUGCUGAAGCAGAACAGUGAAUACAACAGGCUCCUUGACAUCAAGAUGAAGCUGGAAGCCGAGAUCAACCAGUAUAAAAUCCUGCUGGACGGCGGUCAACAGAGCUUCAAUACUGCCGGAAUCUCCUCAUCAAACGUCUCCUACUCCAGCUUGGGUCCAUCGUCCUCUGUGAGCAAAACCAGAAUCCUCACAGAACGUGUGACAACUCGUUAAUUAGGAGAAGUCCAGGCUCCGGGGUGCCGCCUGAUCAGUGGGCCUUCCGCUGGAAUCUCUAUGAUCUGCAACCUCAGGCCAUGAGCUCCCUGCUUCUGUCCUCUACCCUCUGCUCUUCAUGUCCUGAUGCUGCAAAAGGUGUAGCCACUCAUCAGCCACUCGCUUUCAACCAAAUCGUACCACUUCUGAAUGCAACACUCGGGUUGCCAUGGAGACUCCCUUCAGUGACUUCACCUUCACAUGCUGCUGUUUAGUUAAAGCCAGCAAUCCACCAGCCCCACACCCACCAGUACACCACCCACCAAAGCUACCCCACCAACCCACACCCACAUCAACCAACACAACACACAAAAUCCAACACUCAUCAAAACUACUCAUAACAACAUGGCACCUACCAAUACAGCACCCUAUAUCCACCAACUCUACACUCGUAUGCCAUCCCAUCCAUCAAGCAUGCUGGUUGCCACUUCCUGCACUCAGACAGUCAGACCCUCAUCACCCUUGGGGUCCCAACCAUGACACGGGUGAUUGGCAUUAACCUGUCUGAUCCACCGCCUGGUCUGGUAGUGUCACUGUUUGUGAGGAUGGGGUUCCUGUGAUUGAGGGCGAGGAACACCCCCAUCCUCUCUGAGUGGGUCCAGCCCUGGAGCCCUGGUGGGAGCCUCGGGAAACUCAAAUAUUAAACAUUUUUGUGCACUAUUGCUGCAAAUCUAUCCAAUAAAUA